UAAGAUCCUGUUCAUGCCAUAAAACAUUUUCUUGUAUGAUAAACAUCUGUUUUUGUUUACGUUCUCUGCUUCUGCAAUGCUAGGUUGUGGUAAUGGCCUUAACAGGGAGUAAGGAUUUAGUGUGUUUCUAAGGUGUUCUUGGUGGUUCCUAGGUUGUUGCUUACUGCCUUAAAGGUACAGUUCACCCAAAAAUAUGAUUUCUGUCAUCAUUUACUCACCCUUGAGUUGUUACAAAUCUGUAUAAAUUUCUUUGUUCCGAUGAACAGAGAAAGAUAUUUGGAAGAAAAAAAAAUUACGAUGAUAGUCAAAAGUGCCCAGAAUGGUUUGCUUUACUACAUUCUUCAAAAUAUCUUUUAUAACAGAACAAAGACAUUUUUUUCCUACUAUGGUAGUCAAUGGCCAAAACCUGUUUGGUUACAAGCAUUCUUCCAAAUAUCUUUUUCUGUGUUCAUCUGAACAAAGAAAUUUAUACAGGUUUGGAACAACUGAAGGGUGAGUAAAUGAAGACAGAAUUUUCAUUUUUGGGUAAACUGUUCCUUUAAGGUGACAGAUCCUAUCCAUAGGAUAUAUAAAGUUGGAUUUUUUUGGAUAACUACAAACUAAACAAAAAGAAUAGACUAUGCAUGCAGGUAGGGCUGUCACGAUUAUGAAAUUUGAUUGAUGAUUAAUUGUCUAAUAAAUCAUUGCGAUUAUGGCGAUUAAUUGUCUGUUUUGGGGCUUUGGCGAUUAAUUGUCUGUUUUUGAGCUUUGACAUUUAAUUCUCAUGCAUUUUUGAUUCAGCGAUUGAAACAACCAUAUUGUUCUGAAUACAAGACUAUGUUUUUUUCUUGGAAAUACAUCGGAAAAAAUUGGGUCAUCAUAUAUUUAAGGUUUAGGCUUUUACCUGUCAAUAAUACAACCACCAAAUACUUGUAAAUUGAUCAGGUGUGAAUUGAAGCCACCAUUAAAAUACUAUCAGUCAUAGAAAAGCUUCUAGUCUGUUUUUUUUCUCACUUGCAAGACUACAAUAAAAUUUAACUUGUGUGUUAGUGAAAUUUUGGUAGACUGGUUUUCAAACUGAGAUUUGCUUAAAUAAUAUCAAAUUGUACUGCAGGUAAUUUGUAUAUGUUUUAGUUUUUUUUUAAGUGAUUGUGUUGUGGUGGUACAUUUUACAAGUAUUACCAUGCUUAAGUAACAAUAUAUACACUAAAAUAUGCAAUAUGCAGAUGCACUACAGCUCCCCCUAGUGUCUUCUAUAGAGAUGUGCAAUAAUCGCGAUGAUCUGAAACCAUCGCGAUGAGGUCAAACAAUCGCGAUGAGACGAUUAUUAAAUAAUCGUGACAGCCCUACAUGCAGGGUGAUCUGCUAAAUCUCAGCCGGCUAAGGAACUUCCGCUCUCAUAGGGCUGAGGUAAUUUGUCACCAAGUGAUAAGGCUUUAUAAGUGAUAAUGUUUACUAAAAAACAUUCACAUUUCAGUGAACUGACAUUUACAUUUAUGCAUUUGGCAGAUGCUUUUAUCCAAAGUGACUUACAUUGCAUUGUACUAUACUUUUUUUUUUUUUUUAAGUAUGACAGGACAACUGACAGCACUAAAGCUCAGCAUUGUUGAGUGCCUCUGUGAUCAAGCCUCAACUUGUACACGAAGAGAAAAUCCAGAGGGAGGUGCAUUCAAAGAGGCUGUUGACUGUGUUGGUGAAGUCGACCGAAACGAAGAUAAGCAGGAUCUGUGUGGGAAAGAUCUAAAAGAAGAUCAUUUGUCACAUCAUUAUUGUGCACUAGAGGAUCGGGACAUCAAAAUAUUAAGGGAUGAACAAGAUCAAAUGAAGGACAACAUACGGUGUGCAGAGGGACAACCUUCACAUAUCAGAGGACAGAACUCCUGCAACAUGGGUGUUCCAGAGAGAAAGCACUACUCUGUAGAUGAAAACACAGAACGUAGGAACCACUAUCUGGAUCUGGCUGGGAUUGAGAACUACAGUUCCCAGUUUGAAGCUGAACCAUCUUCUGAGGACGUCCCUUACCGUGGCCAUCAGCACCGCUCUCACAUCGAGAACCACAGCUUCGUGGAGUUCACUGGGAGGUCGGUUUCUUUCCUCAGGUCCCUUAGAAGCCGUAGCAAGUCGAUCGGUGGAAGUGGAGGCACAGCCAAACCCAGCAAACUCCAUGGAUAUCACCCUGUGACCUGGUGCCAGCCAUCCCAGCAGCACAGCUCCAGCAAACGCAUCCGCACCAGGGCCCGUGACAUCACAGCACCUUCCAGAGCAAAUCAGGGCCUGCAUAGAGAGUUGCAGCCCGGACAAGCUGUCCCUCCUGGGGGCUUUAAAUAUGUUCCGCAAAGACAUGAGCACUAUCAUCACCAUGAACAUCAUCAUCACCAUUAUCAUCAUUACCAUCCAACAUAAGAUUUCCGAAAAUGUCUGAAAUGUCAAGUGAGUGACUAGUAGCAAAGUAGCCUAUAUUUUUAUUAAUUAAAAAUUUUAAAGAAUGUUUAAAUGAUAUACACUUCUUCACAGCGAUGCCAUAGAAGAAAAAUUUUUUGGUUUCACAAAGAACCAUUUAGUCACACGUUCUUUAAAGAACCAUCUCUUACCUUUUUAUAUUCUGAACAACCUUUUUUCGCCACAAAGAACCGUUUGUGAAACAAAAAAGGUUCUUCUAUGGCAUCGUGAAGCACCUUUAUUUUUAAGAGUGUAUGAACAUUUUACAAUAAAAAGGCUGUACUGCUUUAUUAUGUUAUGUUUUCCACAUUCCUUUUGAAUCUUCACGUUGGUAUGCAGUUCCCCCGUGUGGUUAUAGGUGGAAUUGUUCAGGUCAAACUGAUUUAAACCAUAUCGCUCUUGUUUUGAUUAAAUGCAUUUGGUCCAUCAUUUUCUUUUUGUAGCAUUACAAAAAGAAUGCUAUUAUUAUAGAUACAGUGUUUUUUUUAUCACAAGCAUUUAGCAUAUCUAUGUUUUCAAUAGGGCUGCAAUUUUUGUUUACAUUAUAAAAAUGCUUUGUUUUAUUCCUGGCAUGUUAAAACUACAAAACACAAUGUUCUAAAUGAAAAAAAUAAAUUAGAACAAUUGCAAAUGUACAAUAUACGGUAGAACAUUGCCCUAUAUCAGACGUGGCCAUAAAAGCCAAAAAGUAAUGACUUGUUAUGUCUAGUUAUAAUUUCCCCGCACUCCUUUAUUGUAAAACAAAAGCUUUAA